GAGCAAUAGCAGCAGUAGAGAAUAAUUAGAGAGGAAGUGAAGCUUUACAAAACAAUUGUAGUAGGCCUCUCUUGUGAUUAAAAAGGGCAAAUAAUAAAGAGAAAUGAAAGAGAAUCAUCUUCUCUGCUGACACUUUUUCCUCCCUUCUUUCCUCCAUGUCUGCUGCCUGUCUACACCAUUGUAUGCAUCAAAACCAAUCUUUUCUCCAGAGGUCCAAAUGUCAAGUCAAGGGCACAAAAUGGAACCCAAAAGGAAAUUGAUCAUAGCACUCAUUGCUGCUUCAACUGUACUGGGUUUAAUCAUAUUUCUCAUAUUUUGCUUAUGGAUUUAUCAUAGGAAGAAAGCUCACAAACCUCACAAGGACAGUGUUCAUAGCUCAGAUGUUGUUAAAGGUCUUGCAUUAUCACAAUAUAUUCGCAAAUACAACUCGAUGAAGUCAAAUUCCCGGAAAGGGUGUGUUUCUUUGAUGGAUUACAAGGCACUAGAAUCGGGCACAAAUAAUUUCGAGGAAAGUAAUGUGUUGGGGAAAGGGGGAUUCGGGUGUGUAUACAAGGGGAAGCUGGGAGAGAACUUGUAUGUAGCAGUGAAGAAGCUCGAGGGUAUAACUCCGGAUGCAAUAAAAGAAUUCGAGACUGAGGUUGAGCUAUUGAGUAAAAUGCAGCACCCGAAUAUAAUCUCGUUGUUGGGAUAUAGCGUUCGUGAUGAUACAAGGAUUAUCGUCUAUGAAUUGAUGCAAAACGGAUCCUUGGAAAGUCAUCUGCACGGACCUUCUCGUGGAUCGGCUUUAACAUGGCAUCUAAGAAUGAAAAUUGCACUCGAUAUAGCAAGGGGAUUAGAAUAUUUGCAUGAACACUGCAACCCACCAGUUAUCCAUAGAGAUCUGAAAUCUUCUAAUAUUCUUCUAGAUGCCAGCUUCAAUGCUAAGCUUUCAGAUUUCGGUCUUGCCAUACCAGAUGGGGCUCAAAACAAAAACAACAUCAAGCUCUCGGGAACGUUAGGUUAUGUAGCACCGGAAUACCUUUUAGAUGGAAAGUUAACCGAUAAGAGUGAUGUUUACGGUUUUGGUGUUGUGCUUUUGGAGCUUCUACUAGGAAGAAGACCUGUCGAGAAACUAGCACCAUCUCAGUGCCAGUCUCUCGUCACAUGGGCCAUGCCUCAGCUCACAGAUAGAUCAAAGCUUCCAAACAUCGUGGAUCCUGUGAUAAAAAAUGCAAUGGAUUUAAAGCACUUACAUCAGGUUGCUGCUGUUGCAGUGUUAUGUGUUCAACCCGAGCCAAGCUAUCGCCCGUUAAUAACAGACGUGUUACACUCUCUUAUCCCCCUCGUUCCCGUUGAGAUGGGCGGGACACUGAGGAUCACGCAACGCGCACCUUCUGCAGCUGUUAUGCCUUCAGAAUUGAGAAAGGAAGUUUUUGCAUAGCUGCCCAGGGGACUGCAGAUUUUGGGUUUGAAUUGCUUAAUGUCAUUUCUCAUUGUGGGGGAUUAAUGGAUUAUGGUUCUCUGCAGCAUUGCAAGAGUUGAUAAGAAGAAGAAUUGCCAAAACUUGUAGGAAUGAAGCAACACAAAUGUUAUUUUGUCCUUCCAUUAGUGUACAUAUAUGCCAAAUUCAUUGUA